CUUCUCUACACCGCGCGCAGGCCGUGCCUUUUAUCACUCAUUUUUGCGACUCAGAGUUCUUCUUUGCUGUACUUUCCUUCGACUUGGCACAUGAGAACUAGUUGCUUGACAAGACAACACAACUUGACUGUCUAGCUGGCUCGUCCCAAUUGCAGAUCCCCUCCUGAACAACAACUUGAGCACGAGAACAACAAUCCUCUGAACAUCGAACAAAAUGCAUUUCGCCGUCGUAUUUCUCCUCGCGGUCACGCUCCCAGCUCUUUCCGUCUCUGCCCAAGGGCAUCGCGGUGGAGGCGGUGGCGGGUUCGGUGGUGGUCGUGGUGGUGGUAAUGGUGCUGGCGGUGGCAAUGGCGCUGGUGGUACUGCGCCCAGCACCUUCAUCACUGUGACCUCCGCCGCCCCAGCAGCUACUACUUCUUCCGCCGGUGCGGCUUCCGGAGGUGGAGGCGGCUCUGCCACUGUCGACGGCUCCUCGUGUCCUGCCUUCGGCAUCACCGCAGGCGUAAAAGCGAGUGACGGAACUGCGAACUGUGCGGGCGACAAUGGGGUGGAUAUCCCAUGCAACUGCCCACCAGACUUGAACACCUUCACCAGUUUCCUGGGAACAGUGGUGGGAGGCGGCGCCCAAUUCCCAAGUGGCACGUCCGCGGCAGACCAACUUACGCGAUUGCAGACAUGUCUCGUCGCGCUGCAGAACUUCCAGGGAGGGCUCGGAAGUGGCGUUGGAUGCCCCAUAGUCGCUACGACCUGGAAGGAGCUGCAGGCUCAGCUGCAGGCCGAAGUCUGAGUAAAGCAGGGAGAGAGCUCUGCCAAGCGAUGCAGCAGGGCACUUUUCGAGUUCAUCCCCAUUUGGCUAGAUGGAGGAAUGACUGGGUUCUUUAGUCCUCAGGAAACAGUGUGGGCAACAGUACAUCAGGCGCAUAGGGGGUGG